AUGUGGUCAGACACUCAGGCAAGAUCGCCCGCAGCCCCUCCCUCAGCCAAGGGACCACUGGGGAGCUCUAGCUUAGCUGCUUCCACGCCUGCCCUGCAGGGGCCGCUCUGGGGCCGGGGGCACAGCGCCCCCUGCAGCCGCGGUGCCCAGGAGAAGCGCGUGCCCUGGAUCCGUGAGGCGCCCCGAUUGCGCCAAUCGGAAACAGAAGCUUAUCAGUUCAUUAUGGAAUAUCUAAGCCAAGAUCAGCAGCCUGAGGUCGACAACCUGAAGUUCCUGAAGGCCGUGGAAACCUUGAGCGGUGCUGUUCGUGCCCAGGGAAAUGGCAAUAUGAAUGACUACUAUCCCCUCAUCACACUGACCGAGAGAAUCGAGGCAUUAAUCCUCCAAGAAUCCACUGAGUUCUUGACCAGCAGUGUGCGCCAGCAAGCCAUGCUCUGCAUCGUGGCCCUGAGCCAGGUGAAGCCAUCAUUUCACGAAUCCCAGAAACUGGACCUGGUGAACGCUGGCAUCUACAGUGUGUUCUCCCUGCCCCUCAUCAUGCCCAGUCCAGACUGGAAGGACACCGCCAGCCUGUACAUGCAGACGGUCCAGGCCUUGGAUGAGAUGUUACAAGCUCUCAUGAUGGAGGAUAUGAAUCCCAACAUGCUCAUGCUGCAAAACUUUCUGGAGAUCAUCUUGCCUUGGUUAACACUGUCAGAGAAAGUGCAUGAACAGACCAGGGCCUUGGGCACUAUUUCCCGGCUGCUGAGGUUUAUUUGCAAAUUCCCCCAAUUGUCGCACAUGAUGGAAUUCCUGAUGAGCGGGAAACUGAUGGGCAUCCUAGGCCUCUUCUGCAUGGACUCCAACCAGGAGAUCAGUGCAGAGGCUUCAGAGGCACUGCACUACUUGUUCACAAUCCUUGCGCUUCAGAGAAGUUUGAAACAGAAGACAGAAACAAUUCUGAAAAAUUUGCAGAAGAGUUUCCGUGGGGAAUGGUUUGCUCAUGUGCAGGAUCUCAUUCUGUUCUUUGGGAAUUACCUGACCCCUGAGGAGAGAGCAGAUGUGAUAAUGGUGUCCAUGGAGGCCAUGACCAAUACCAGCAGAUAUGACAGCUGUACAGCUUCCAACAUGCUAAAGCUCAUCCUGAAGGACUCUAUUCCAGAAAUCGGGAAGGUGCCAGAAAUCAUCCAGUACAUUUACUACAAUAUGAUGAGCAUUACUGAAACCACAGCCCAAAUGACCAUGCAGAAGAUCCUUCACCUGAUGGCCCAGACCUACACCGACGAGGUCAUCCUGACGCUGAUUGAGAUGGAGGAUCAGUCACACAAAGGGGUUCACAAGCCCUGGGAGAUCCUUGCCUCCUUCCCCAAAGGCUAUGAAGUGAUUAUGGAGCACCUGCUGCAGAGAUUGACUCCACACAAGAGACCAAGGGGCCAGGAGUCUAGCCAAAGAACAGAGAUCUCUCCAUUGAUUGCCACCAGGGCUCUCCAUGAAUUACUGCUGGAACCAAGUCGGCGGACUGAGGUGCAGACCUUCUUCCCCUCCCUGUUUAUGACCCUGCUGUUCCAGGUCUCCUUUCUUGUGGUUGAAGGGAGACAUGAAGUCAUCCAUGAAGAGAAGCAUGUAGCUGAAUGGGUGGACCCUGUAAGAUCUACUGUGGAGGCCCUCAAGACCUUGAUGUGGAGUUCUGGGUAUGGGGAAUAUGUGUCUUAUAUUCAUAACCUUGGGACCUGGGAGCUGCUCAUGGAUCCCGAAAGGCAUUUUGAGGGAGUCACCCUGCUGGCCAGGGCCAUGGUCACCAAGAAAUGUUGGCACAACGGCCCCAUCUGCCGCCUCAUCUUUGAGGUUCUCCACAACCAGGAGUCUUCAAAUCACUUAACAGCCCUCACGUUUGUGACUGAGCUGCUCCGGUGCCCGGAAGUGGCAGCCAUAGUGGAUGAAGUCGCCACCCGCAUUCUGGCAAAAUGGUUCCACUGUGAGGAGCCAGCCCCGGUGAAGCUAUUGCUGCAGGUGGCAGUGACCUUCGCAAAGCAUGGAAACAUGGUGAGACAACUCCGCAUCCUACAGCCCUACGUGCUGAACUGCUGCUACUCCACAGACAUUGACAUUGUGAUGGAGACUUUCCUGGUGCUGAAGUGUCUCAUCGAGCACCUCACCUGGCAGCGCUCGUCCUCCUUCUUUAUUCAGCUCGCCUUCAUGCUGAGGCCCUUCUUUGAUGAGGAGUCAGAGCAUCUGCGCCUCUCAGCCUUUGAGAUCUAUGAAAGAAUCCUGGCCAAGACAAAGAGGAAGAUUCUUGUGUUCCCCUUGAAGCACCAGGUCCUCAACUUGAUAGUCCUCCUCGUGUUCCACCUGAAGGAUGAGAAUGUCAACGUGGCUCAGAUCUGCCGGUCCGCCCUCUGCCACACCGCCAACAUACUGGGCUGGUCGAGGCUCAAAGUGGUAUUUGCUGAGAAAGAUGAAUGGACAAUCCUCAGUGCCCUGCUGGAGCAGGAAACAAACAAAGCUCUCUGGUUUCUGAAACAGUCUGUGGGGUUCUUCAAGAGUCCGCAGGCCCCCAUUCGCCAAGUAGCAGUGUGGUUUGCAGGCCAGAUUAUCCAGGUCCUGGAUGUGGAAGAUCCCAGUGAAGUUGAGGAAGCAUACACAGGUGCCUCCCACAGGGCCCAGAACCUCCUGCCCAGCCCGGCAGCCUUGCUCUGUGCCAAGCACCACAGCCGUGUCUGUGUUACAGCCCUGAGGUACAUGAGGAAAGACCCCGACCCCACGAUCAGCUGCCUGGCCACGCAGAUCUUCUACGUCCUGGAAGCCAAGGAGAAAUUGCUGGCCAGCUUCUCAACCUCCUGCUUCUGCAGAAGGAGGCUGCGAAAGCACUACUUCUGA